AUGUCGUUCACCAGGCAGCGAGGGUGCAGCUUGCCCAUCCUCUUGCUAUCAUCCCUCCUCUUCCUAACGGCGAGGAGUCAAUGCCCUCAUCCCCAGCCCAUCGACCAGGUCGCCGACUGGUUCAAGAGCGAGGUGUUUCCCAUCUCAAACUCGGCUGCCAACAACGCAAAGACCUUGAUUAAACACACGCGCAACGCCUCGUCCAUUCGGCUCAGCCUGCGUCCCGUCAUCACCCUCACCGAUGACACGCGGGCCGAGCACAUGGAUGCCGGUAUCUGCAUCACACAUAGCAGCCUCGCCAGCGGGCUUGCUUGUCUUCCAUCGCUCAUCAUCAUGGGUGUGAUGAAAGGAGAUCAACGUGGUUUUGAAAGUGGCUGGCGCAAGUAUGCUUUGCUUGGGUUUGAGAUGGACAGCUUCGCCAACGUCUCGCAUAGCAUGGCGUUUGCCAUCUUGGAGCGCGGCUUCUAUGCUGAGCAGCUCGAUGUCAUCACGCAGUAUUAUCCUCGCGAUCAGAUCCACCUCAACCUGUACGAGGCCAUGUCCAAGGAUAUGGUCUCUCACAUCAAUGAUAUUCAGACAUGGCUGGGGCUUCCUUUCUUUGAUUAUUCACCGUUGACGCGAAUCAACGCCCGUGGUUACGUCUCGCUACAAGCUGUAAAGAGCAAGACGGACAGCAAGCCGUAUGAGAGCCUGGGUGACGACGUGUAUCAACUGCUGGUGGAGAUGUAUCUGCCCAGCAUGCGGGAUUUAGCCCGCUAUAUAGACAAGAGCCUAUUGCGCAAGCACUGGCACAUUAAUUGA